AUGGCGGGUCUCAGACUUCGUGGCAGAUCGUUGCGCUACGCGCUGGCAUUGACAGGUGCAGCAGCAUGGAUUCUUCAAGGAUAUGACCAGGCUCUUAUGAAUGGCCUUCUCACAUUACCUCAAUUCGAACGACAAUUUCCUGCCAUUAGCACCGCGACGCCGGAGCUCGAAGCCGAACACUCGACUUUACAAGGUACAGCUGUGGCUCUGUACGAAGUCGGAGCAGCCUUUGGCGCCUUGUCAUGCUUCUUCAUCGGUGAGAAAUAUGGACGCAAAUGGACGACCUUCUCCGGCGCAGUGGUCGUUCUGAUUGGCGUCAUUCUUCAAUCAACCUCAUACUCGCUCGCACAACUCAUCGUAGCCAGGAUAGUCACAGGUCUUGGCGUCGGGUCUUUCACUGCUACGAUCCCAACAUGGGUCGGUGAGAGCUCUGAAGCUCAUCAAAGAGGGAGUUUGAUCAUGAUUGAGGGAUCUGCUGCCAUUUUCGGCGUGAUGUUCGUUGGUUGGCUGGAAUUUGGCUUCUAUUUCGUGAAAAACAACCCCGUCAGCUUUCGUUUCCCUAUCGCGUUCCAAGCAUUCUUUCCACUAAUUGUGCUCAUCAUGGUUCCCAUGCUCCAAGAAUCACCUCGCUGGCUCGUCUCAAAAGAUCGAAUGGAAGAAGCAAAAGUCGUCCUCUCAAAGCUCGAAGACGAGGACGAAGACUCAGAAGUCGUCGCAGAACGACUUCGAGUGAUCCACAACUCCAUCGAACUCUCAGGACAAGGACACUCCAGCAAUCCAUUCGCAAGAACACCCAACCGACAUCUAAACCGAACCCUCAUCGCAAUCGGUGUCAACAUUCUCGCUCAAAUGAGCGGCGUGAACGUCAUCACCUUCUACUCCAAUACCAUCCUCGAACACACACUCGGCUACUCAGCAGUACUUUCCAGGAUCAUAUCCAGCUGUCUCCAGACCUGGCAAUUCCUGGCAGCAACGUCGGCAGUCUUCCUCAUCGAUCGUUUCGGUCGACGUAGACUUCUGAUCACCGGCGCUUUCCUGAUGUGCAUCGCCAACGCAGGUCUAGCAGGUCUCCAGGCGCAUGUCGACAACAAGACCGCGGCGGGAUGUUCUCUGAUCUUCUAUUUCCUGGCACUAGCAGCUUUCCCCAUCGGUCUCUUCUUGAUUCCAUUCAUGUAUUCCUCGGAAAUCGCACCUCUCAGAAUCCGUGCUCAGGUCACAGCCAUCAUUUCUUGGAAGUACUACGUGGUCUACGUCUGUACCAACCUGCUAUCAGUCACGACGUUCUACUUGUUCCUGCCGGAAACCAAGAAUCGGACUUUGGAAGAUGUUGAUGCGUUCUUCCUCAAAGCCACCAAUCCUUUACAACCACCAAAGAUCGCAAACACGUUACCUGAAGGUGCUGCUGAGAAUACGGAUUUGAGGGAAAAGAUCAAUCCCUCUCAUGCUGAUCAGGUCGAAGAUGUGAAAGAUGCGGCAUGA